GAGAAUCACUUGAACCCGGGAGGCAGAGGUUGCAGUAGGCUGAGAUCACGCCUCUGCACUCCUGCCUGGGCAGCAACAGUGAGACCCUGUCUCAAACAACAACAACAACAAAACACAAAGUAUGCUUCCUGCACGCUCUACAAGAAGGCAACUGAGUUCCUUCAUCGCUCUCAAAUUCCAUCCGUGGACAUACUUAGGCCUCUUUUGAAUGCAGGAAAUUUUUGUGUGUCCAUGCUAUUUCUAUUAUUGUAGGAAAAGUUUUUGUUUUAUUUUUUUGAACAGUUACUAUCAUUCUUGGUUAAGUGAUCCUUCUCCGUUGCCAUUGCAUGUCUGCAUGUAGAGUGCUAUAUGCUCUUCUACUCACAACCUCACCCCAUGGAAGGUAGAAGAUACCUGGAGAAUCUUUAAUGAAGACAGAGGCAAUAAUUAGUAGACAGGAGAAGCUUUUGUAUGAAGCAAGAUGAGAAAAUACAAGGACUCAUAAGCAUAGAAAAAGGAAGCUAAGAGAAAAUGUGAUCACGGUCUACAGAAGUCCUGCAAGAUUAAAAUAAAAUGCUGAAAAUGAUGAAUGAGAUAAUCAGUAACAAUGUACACCCGAUUAUUAAGGCAAAUGAGAGAUUUAUAGUGGGCAGACAAGCUUGUCCACAAAUAUUGGUACCACUGUGUGUGAGAUGAAAUAUGGCUGAUGUGAUGUGGUAGAAUGGUAGGUUGAUUCCCUUGGCCUCCUUGAUGCUGUUUUCUCGCCGAUGCUGUGAACAUAGAAGAGAGACUUUAUCUGCAUACCUUUCUGAAACCAGUUGCAUGGAACUAACUUAUCAUUGGAAGUUGAUAAGAAAUACAAAUUGGUAACAAAACCAAAGCCACUAAGUCAAGCUGAAAUGAGUCCUGCUGCAUCUGCAGCCAUCAGAAAUGAUGUCACAAAGCAACGUGCUGCACCAAAAGUCUCUCCUCAUGUUAAGCCUGAGCAGAAACAGAGGGUGGCCCAGCAGGAAUCUAUCAGAGAAGGGUUUCAGAAAGACUGUUUGCCAGUUAUGGUACUGAAAGCAACAAAGCCCUUCACGUUUGAGACCCAAGAAGGCAAGCAAGAGAUGUUUCAUGCUACAGUGGCUACAGAGAAGGAAUUCUUCUUUGUAAAAGUUUUUAAUACACUGCUGAAAGAUAAAUUCAUUCCAAAGAGAAUGAUUAUAAUAUCAAGAUAUUAUCAGCACAGUGGUUUCUUAGAGGUAAAUAGCACCUCAUGUGUGUUAGAUGCUAAAUCUGACCAAAAGGUUAAUGUCCCGCUGAACAUUAUCAGAAAAGCUGGUGAAACCCCAAAGAUCAACACGCUUCAAACUCAGCCCCUUGGAACAAUUGUGAAUGGGUUGUUUGUAGUCCAGAAGGUAACAGAAAAGAAGAAAAAUGUAUUAUUUGACCUAAGUGACAAGACUGGGGAAAUGGAAGUAUUGGUGGUUAGAAACGAGGACACAGUGAAAUGUAAGGAAGGAGAUAAGGUUCGACUUACAUUCUUCACACUGUCAAAAAGUGGAGAAAAACUACAGCUGACAUCUGGAGUUCAUAGCAUCAUAAAGGUUAUUAAGGCCAGUAAAAAAACAUAGAGAAAUAAAAAGGACCAAUUCAAGCCAACUGGUCUAAGCAGCAUUUAAUUGAAGAAUACGUGAUACAUCCUCUUCAAUCAGAUUGUAAGUUACCUGGGAGCAGCAGUUCACAGGCUCCUCUCUCCACCAAAUUAGGAUAGGAUAAUUGCUGGAUAAACAAAUUCAGAAUAUCAACAGAUGAUCACAAUAAACAUCUGUUUCUCAUUCAUUA